AUGAGUUCUUCAAGUACAGAGUCCUUUGAAGUUGAAACUUCAAACUUUUAUUACUACUAUGAAAAUUAUAAUGAUGCUCCCAAGCCAUGCAGCAAAGAAAGCGUCAAGAGGUUCGCAGCCUCCUUCCUCCCUGUCCUGUACACCCUCGUGUUCCUGGUGGGGCUCAUGGGCAAUAUCCUGGUCAUCGUGGUCCUCUUCAAGUACAAGAGGCUGAAGAGCAUGACUGAUGUGUACCUCCUCAACCUUGCUAUCUCUGAUUUGCUCUUUGUUUUCUCCUUGCCGUUCUGGUCUUAUUUCACAAUAGACCAAUGGGUUUUUGGAACUCCCUGGUGUAAAAUCAUUUCAUGGAUCUAUGUGGUUGGGUUUUACAGUGGGAUCUUUUUUAUUAUGCUGAUGAGCAUAGACAGAUACCUGGCAAUCGUUCGUGUGGUGUUUUCCUUGAAAGCCAGGACUGCCUUCCACGGCUUGAUUACUAGCCUCGUUGUAUGGCUAGUAGCUUUUUCAGCCUCAGUUCCAGAACUUGUAUUUAGAGAAUCUUUUGAUGAACAUAACCAUACAACCUGCAAGCCAAUAUAUCGAGGCAAUUUCACAACAUGGAAACUUUUUUCCACUUUGGAAAUCAACAUUUUAGGGCUCCUAAUCCCUCUUAUAGUUAUGAUGUUUUGCUACUCCAUGAUCAUUAAAACAUUAGUUCACAGUAGGAAUGAGAAAAAGAACAAGGCUGUGAAGAUGAUCUUUGCUGUCAUGAUCGUGUUUUUCUUCUUUUGGACCCCUUACAACAUUGUCAUUUUCUUACAACUGCUGGAAAUGAUUGGAGUCCUUCGCGACUGCCAAGUGAGCAGGAAUCUGGACUAUGCUUUCCAGGUGACGGAAAUCCUCGGCCUUUUUCACUGUUGCCUCAACCCUGUCAUCUACUUCUUCAUGGGGGAAAAAUUCAAGAAGUACCUGAAGAUGCUCUUUAAGAACUGGCACUUACCUGGAGAUAUCUGCCAGUGGUGUGGGGCUCACAUCACAUACCACACCGAAUCUACCAAUUCGUUCCACACACAAUCCACGGGGGAUCAAGACGCCCUGUAA